AGCUUGGUGCAUGACAUCUACAAAGGAGUUUCCCCCCUGUGGUUAAUGCAGCUCGUGACGUCAUUGUUUACAGACUGGUCACAGAUAUACAAAUAUUUUGCUGUGGUAGUACAAGAGGAAGUGAAGUGGAGGAAGCGAAUUCAAGAUAGCGAACGAGGAGACAGUGGAAUGUAAAUAGUAUGGCUGUCAGCCAGCGAAGCUCGUUAAACGUUUUCUGUUGAUUGGACCAACAACAGUCUAAAUUUCACUACUUUUUUGUUGUUGUUGUUGCCAUUCACGCAGUCAACUGGCUUCGUGGUAUGGUACAAUUUUUUAAAAGAAUAUGGUUACUCGAAUUCACCAGCUGAUAUUUUCAGACGAAGCUAAGAAGUCAACCAUACCGCAUUUGAUAUCCUAGAAACAUACUGAGUCAUCCAUGUCACGAGGCAAGGGACAAGCUUGACCAGCUCCAUCUCCCUUAUCACUUGUCCAUCUCUCUGGUGUAUUCCAUUGUAUAGUCAGGAAAAGCACAACUUUUAUAACCAGAUAAGUUGUGCCUCCCCCAAAAAUAACUAUGCUCUAGUUUGCAGCUGUAGCUGCAAUGGACAGAGGCAGUGCUGAAAAUUAUCUGUAAGAUAAUUGUACUUUUGUUAAGGUUAAAUUUCUAUAUAUAUAUAUAUAUAUAUUGUGUAAAGAUCUUUUGUUAGAGGAAAUCUUGUAGAGUUUUGUGAAAUCCACUCUGUCUUACAGUCUGAAUGACAUAAAACCGACAGAGUGACUGUGGUCUCUGCUGUAGCCGUCCAUCAACCCUGUUUUGCAAACUAAGGACACUGUUACUCAGGAAUACCAGGGAACUGAUUGUCGAGUAGAUUUCCCUCAAGAUUCACCUAGAAGGUCACUGCCAACUUUUAAAGCCUUGAAUAUUCUUAAUGUAAAGGGCUGAGUUUGUUUUUCUAUGCUUAUACAGCCUAAGCCUGAAGUAGUCUUUACCGACGACUUGGCCUUAUUUUCUAUUGAUUAAGUGCUACAUUGAACAUUACCCGGCUAUGGCGGAUUCUGGCACUGAGAUAGUCGGAGGAGAUCUCCUGAGCGUUGUCAAAGAUGACUGCUCUCUGACAGCCAUUUCUGAGGAGGGUGGCCAUGCAGCAGGGUCCUCUGUGGCUAAAGAAAGCCACAAAGCAGAGCCCUUGGACCGUGAAGAUUCCACCAAAGUCCCAUCAGUCAAGACCCCAAUUUUGGAAGCAGAAGGUUCUGACAAACACAGUGGAACCGCACUCACGCCAGCAGUCAUGUCUGAAAACGGCACAACAGAAGACGCUCAAUCCACCCCGCAGAGCCAAACUCUGACCGAAGUGAACGGGGAGAGCUCAGAGGCCAUGUUUGGAAGGUCGGACGAGAAUAGCCAGUCGGCUACAAGCGACUCUCCCUCCUUCUCCAUCCGCAGCCUGGAGUUCUUCGAGGGCAACACCGGGAAUGACGAGCCAUUGUCGUCCUACUCUGCCCUGGGCGACGAGGGCCGCUCCCCCUCUGCUGAAGUCCCCGGCCUGGCCACUGACGUCCUGGCUGCCGCAGCCACGGGAGGGGCCACCGCCGCCCCAGAGCCCAUGACGCCGGCCUACUACUUUGUGAAAUGGAUCACCUGGAAGGAGAAGAAGACACCCAUCAUCACGCAGAGUGAGAACGGGCCCUGUCCCCUGCUGGCCAUCAUGAACACCCUGUUUCUGCGCUGGAAGGCCAAGCUACCCGCCCAGACAGAAGUAGUCACCACAGAGGACCUGAUGGCUCACCUUGGAGAGUGCGUAUUGUCCAUCAAACCCAGGGAGAAGGCUGAGGGAAUGGAGCUCAACUUUCAGCAGAACAUGAGCGAUGCCAUGGCAGUUCUGCCAAAGCUGUCCACGGGCCUUGACGUCAACGUGCGCUUCACAGGCGUGUCGGACUUUGAGUACACACCAGAGUGUAUCGCCUUUGACCUGCUGGACAUCCCGCUCUACCAUGGCUGGCUGGUGGACCCUCAGAGCCCUGAGAUGGUGGCAGCGGUGGGAAAGCUAAGCUACAACCAGCUGGUAGAGAAGAUCAUCGGCUACAAGCAUUCGGAAGACAGCAGCCGUGUCAGUGAAGGUUUGGUGGCAGAGCAGUUUCUGGAGUGCACAGCGACCCAGCUAUCGUACCACGGACUUUGUGAGCUCAACACUAAAGUCAAGGAGGGCGAGCUGUCCGUAUUCUUCAGAAACAACCACUUUAGCACCAUGAUAAAGCACAAGGGCCACCUGUACCUGCUGGUGACAGACCAGGGCUUCCUGCAGGAGGAGGGGCUAGUGUGGGAGAGCCUACACAACGUGGAGGGCGACGGCAACUUCUGCAACUCAGACUUCCGCCUGUGCCACCCGCCCCAGAGGAGCGUCCUCGUGACACAGCCCGACAGUCUCACGCCCCAGCAGCAGCAGAGACAGAUCGACCAGGACUACCUAGUGGCCAUGUCUCUGCAGCAGCAGCAGCAGGGGGUGGCCCCGGGGCCCCUCAGUGACCUGGACCUGGCCAGACGGCUGCAGGAGGAGGAGUACCAGAAGCAGCAGCAGCAGCAGCAACAAGGUCCCUCCCAGGCCCCAGCACAGCAGGUGAGACGUCAACUGGCAGCCAAGCCGGGAGGUCAGAGGAGACGGGAGAAAAAGGAUGAUUCCGACUGUGCCAUAUUAUAGCGACACCUAAACUUACCCUAUUCCCCCAUGAGCCUGCACUUCAUUGCAUUAAGCCAACCCCUAACACAUACACACACACAGUUAGGGGAUUGUGCCCCUGCCAUCUCAAUGCCAAACUCACCCUUCACACUAAACCUCGAGGUUGUACCUCCCCAUCUCUCACCCUUGUUCUUCUUUGAACAUCCAGGCCAGAAGGUGGCAGUACUAGUCCCGCUUUGCUAGACCCUCAGAACAGAAUCUAAACGUGAAUUGAGGCUGCAGAGAGGAAAUCCAAUGCAGUUGGUUGGUUACAGCAGCUGAGAAUCAUCCAAGACACGUCACAACCCAGGUAGAGUCACACAUCAGGGGUCGUCUUCUAGUCAGCUAUCACUGCCCCUCUUGAGAAAUAUGAGCGAAGUUUGUAACUGCGGUCUGGUUUGGUUUCUAUGGCAACGAGGCAGACAGUGGUCUGAUUUUGUAAGCUAAGGAGACAGAAAGUGAAGGUCUAAAUUAAAGGGAAGUCACUACAGCUCUGACCAACUGAUGCAUCUUAAUGGAUGAUGCAACUUUUGAAAUUGCAAAAAAAAAAAAGUUAAAUUAAGAGCACUCUGCUACCUUCUCGCCCUAGAAAGAUCUGUUUUUAAGCAAACUGUAGGGUAGUUGUCAUCUGACUCAUUUAAGCCAUGAUGGAAACUCGAGUACAUUCCUGUCCUAUACAGAACAAUGCACAAUUAUGCCUGGGUCGAGAAGCGGACUCUGCAAGCCCGACGAACGAACGAAGAGAUGGCCGUUUUCCCCAAAGUUCUAUCUGCUAGAGUAAGCAUGGGCUUUUCUUUCCCUGUCAUAUAGUGUACUAUGCUGUAGUUAGUAGCAGGGAGGAAUUAUGCAGAAGUAGAAUGGUAUGGGCAGUGAAGGGGAUCUGCUGGAGCAUCUUUUGUGGAUGACUUUUGAGAUCAUUGGAGGGUUAAAGAUGACUAUAUGGGAAUAAGAAUCGCAUUAAAGGUCCAAUGCAGCUGUUUUUAUCUACAUUUUAAAUAAUUGAAAGGUAAGAAUUUUAAAUGGUCAAAAAUAAUCAAAUAGCUUCUUAGGAAAGAGCAAUUUCUGGAGCAAGAAUUUUGAUAGGACCGUCUAUCUGCGAGUGUUCUGAGUGGGGAGGGGAAACCUGAAAAUUAGCUGAGAGGUUUGGAACUCUUUCUUAUUGGUCUAUUAACCCAUUUCAGGUAGGCCCAAAUGUCAUCCCAAAACCACGGGCUAACAUUUCUGAAUUUAACAGUAUUAUUCCAACAUCAGUGUGGAAAUAUAUAUACUGAACAAAAAUAUAAAGCAACAAUUUCAAUCAUUUUAAAGAGUUACAGUUCAUGUAAUGAAAUCAGUCAAUUGAAA